AACAAUGUUUUGUUUAUAAAAUAUCAGCUGAUUCUGCAGCGAAAAGUAACGGUUUUUAUAAAGACGAUCAUUUUUUGGACAAUUUCAGGGAAAAGUGUAAUUGACAAUGUCUAGAAGAGAUGCAAAAGCAACUAAAAAUACGGCGGAUCGUGUUCAGGUGCUUCAGCACUACGAGCAGCAGAAAAUCAUGAAGCCAGGAAUGUGUAACAAGUUUUUACACGCGGUGAUCGACCCCGAGUUUCUACAGGAUGGCCAUGGGGCUCAUGUGCUAUCAAAGCUUGGCGAACUGAGCCUCAAGUAUGAAAUCAAAAAUCAACUAUUGCCACGGGUCAUAACAUUCUACCGCUCAGUCAACCAGCAACUGACGUCACAUGGCACCAUGACGGACAAGCAUGUGGACCAGAAAUUUAUCGUUCACCUAAUGGAAGCGGAAGAACUGGUCAUACGCGUUAAAGAGAAGAAAUUAAUUUCAGUAAUUCAAACACUCCAGGAUCUCUAUCCUGGGAAGACCAUUUCUUUAUUGGUGUUCGGCUUGCUCAACUACUGUCGCAAUAAUCGAGGCUGUGUAGGACGCAGAGAGACAGAAGUGGCGCUGACUGAGAUUCAAGUUUUUCAUCGUUGUUCUUAUCAGCUGUUAGAAACGGCUGAAGAAGUUGCCAAUUUUGUUGCCCAGCUAGGUAAAAGCUUAGCGGAGCUUCCUUACAAACAGCAGCAGUAUGACAAAUACAGCCAAGAACAGUCAUACCUAGGGAACGAAAAGAAGGGAUGUGUACGAGUGGAGGGAACCGCCGGCCUGCAGCAACUGUACCAGAAUCAACUGACCAAGAUACCAUCGGUUACGCUGGAAGUCGCAGAAGCUAUAAUCAACGUAUAUCCUAGCUUGAGUAGCCUAAUUAAUGCCUUCCGAUUUGCUUCAGAUGGCCCCAAUUUGUUAGCUGAUAUUCCGAUUAGAAGGGCUGGAGGCCCUAUCACCGCUUCAAUUCGACGGAUAGGGCCUGAGUUGAGUAAAAAAAUACAUUUAAUUUACAGCGCCACUGACCCAAAACUGGAGUUGUGAAAUUUCCUCAAGAAAUUAUAUAAAAACAUUGUCAUACGUAUUCGCGUUUCUUUCAAUAUAUAAUUGCUUUUCGACAAAACAUAAA